UUUCGAUUAGAUAUGUGAUAUAAGAAUUAGAUAAAAUAUAAGAAAAAAUCACAAAUAUUUUACACAAAAAUAUAUGUGCAUGUGUAGAUUGUCUCUGUUAAUAAGUUCUAAUAUUACUGCAAAAAUUUGACUGUCAUAAGAUAAAAUUAUUGUUAAUACAAUGGAAGAAGAAGAUGAUAAUGCUUCUCCACCUAAACAACCAAAAACUGAUUUGUCACAAUCUAUACCCAAUGAGUUAAGUUCUGAAUUCUUUAAAGAAGAAAUACCUGGACCUUCUAAAAUUAAGAAUUCUUCAAAGUUUAAUACACUUUUAGUCAACUUGAAGCAAAAAGGAAAUCCAUUGCUGAAAUAUGUAACAAAUGUACCUUGGGAGUACUCAGAAAUUGUACCAGACUAUGUAAUGGGCAAAACUAGUUGCGCUCUUUUUCUAUCAAUACGAUAUCAUCAGCUUAAUCCAGACUACAUCCAUGAACGUUUGAAGGCUUUAGGAAACAUGUAUAAUCUUAGAGUACUUUUAGUUCAGGUAGAUGUGGCAGAUCCUCAUCAUGCUUUAAAACAUUUAACAAGAGUUUGUAUUCUUGCUGAUUUGACACUGAUGUUAGCAUGGAAUGCAGAAGAUGCUGGUAAAAUUAUUGAAACAUACAAGAUUUAUGAAAACAAACCACCUGAUGCAAUUAUGGAACGUAGUGAUACAGCACCAUAUCAGAAGAUAGUUAAUGCUUUGACAACAAUAAGGUCAGUUAAUAAAACAGAUGCCACAACUCUCUUAUCAACUUUUGGUACUUUAAGUAACUUAAUAAAAACUCAACCAAAUACGUUAGCUCUUUGUCCUGGUAUUGGUUUACAAAAGGCAGAACGAAUUCACAAGGUAUUACAUGAACCAUUUUUACGUGCUUCAAAGUCAAAAUAAUAAUUAUGAACAGCAUAUAAAUAAUUUAUGUAAAAUAAUAUAUUAAAAACGAUAUUUAUUUGUUUACAAAUAAGACUGUUUUGAUCUGUUUCAUGAGACAUGUCUCAUUGUAUUAUAAAUACAAUUUUUUAUACUUUUGUUUA